AUGGGUGUCCUUCAUUUAAUCAUAGCUUUUAUUGUCAGCGCUUCUUAUGCGGCACUUUACCGACCCGUGGUGUUGAUGCAUGGUGUCACGACGACGGCUGCCGACAUGAAUGAGCUUGCCAGUUGGCUUACGGCAUCGUUUCCAGGUAUCUAUGUUGUUUCGAUCGAGAUCGGCAAUGGAUACGAGGAUUCUUUCAUGUUACCAAUGAAUAAACAAGUCGAGCUCUUUUGCGCUACUAUUCGCGCCGAUAUACAUCUGCGUCAAGGCUUCAACAUGCUUGGCGUUUCACAAGGUAGCUUGAUUGUUAGAGGAGCCGUCGAGCGUUGCUCGCUGCCUGUCUAUAAUCUGAUUACUCUAGUCGGAGCUCAUCAAGGUGUAUUUGGUAUUCCUAGUCUUGAAUCCCUUCCUCGUCAAAUUCGGGAGUUAGUCUCAAACUUUGCGUAUGAAGAAGCUGUCCAGAAUGUGAUUAGUGUUGCAGGCUUCUGGCGUGAUCCUUUUCAACUAGAGAAAUAUAUAAGUCGAAGCCAUUUUCUGCCUGAUAUUAAUAAUGAACGUGAAGUUCGCAAUGAAACUUAUCGCUCGAAUAUGCUCAAGCUCAAUGCGUUCAUCAUGACAUAUUCAGACAUAGAUGAAACUAUAACGCCACCACAAUCGGGAUGGUUUCUGGGUUAUGCACCAAAGUCGCUGAACACUGAGACAUGGAAUCAGUCUCAUCAAUUUACAGAAGAUCUCAUUGGAAUGAGAACACUGCAGGAACUAGGCAAAUUGCAUCAGUUCAUUUGUCACACACGUCAUAAAGAUGCUCAACAUGCUCCUGAUAAAGACUUCUUUUUUCAGAAUAUUUUGCCGUUUUUUAAUAAUACAAUUUCAUAG